GACCGGAGGAAGAAGCAGUUGACGAGGCAUUCUGGGAUACUGGCGGACCCAACAACGCUUCUACUGUGAUGGCGACCAAUAUCGAGCAGAUUUUCAGGGAUUUUGUAAUGAAUAAGAUUAAAGAAAUCGAGGAUGAAACUCAAGAAAUCAGUGUUACAGAUGAGCCACAGUCUGAACCUGUGACGGAGAUGGGAGAAGAUGGACUAAAGGAAGAACAAAUGAACUCACCAACAGAUAAAGUCGCACAUACUGACCUCCAAGAUAACCAUGCUAAAGAGGACACCAGCACUAAACACAGGAAAAGUAAAAAGCACAAAAAACACAAAAGCAAAAAGAAGAGAAAGAAACGCAAAGAAGGAAAAGACAGCAGCUCAGAGACUGAGUCCGACAAAGAGACACAAGAAAGUGGAAAGAAAAAGAAGAGAAAGAAGAAGAAAAAGAGCAAAGAUGCAGACAAAGUAAAGAGGUCUCGCUCUAAGUCUGAAAGCUCUUCAGCAUCUGGUUCUGAAUCUGAGUCUGAAUCAAAACCUUCCAAUGAAAAUACUAAGUCCUCUUCCGCAGGUAAGAUUUCAAAGUCUGAGCUCAAAGACACAUCUGGUGUUUUGCCUGACAUUAUUCCCAAGAUAGAGAAUUCUGUCCACAAAAGCACUGAAAACGAAAGGCCCAAAGAUAAGAAAAGUAGUUCCAGCAGAAAAUCUAAAAGUAAGGAGACUUCUAGAGGAUCAAGAUCACCCAGAUGGAGAUCAGGACACAGAUCAAGAUCCCGGUCUUCGAAACGACAACGUCGCUCAAAGUCAACCUCCCGCUCUAGAAAUAGCUCCAAAAAGACUCAUAAACAGGGAGAGAGAAGUAGAUCAAGGUCAAAGAGACGCAACAAUCGGUCCAGGUCUCAUUCAGGCAGAAGAGGCAAACAUUCAAGAUCCAGGUCGCGCUCCAGGCGAACCAGAUCCAGGUCUGUUGUGAUCUCGAGGAAGAACAGAAAGUCUGUGUCAAAAUCUAGGUCUAGCUCGCCACGAAGUAGAUGCCGUUCCAAGAGUAAGUCUCAAAGUAGAACGAAACCUUCAAAAUCAAGGUCCGUUUCGAAAUCAAAGUCUGAUCUGAAAGAUGAACUGCAGAAAACUGAAUCGAUUAAGACUGAUGCAGAUCCAGCAUUGGACAGUUGUACAAAUUGUGCAAUGGAAAUGCAGAAGAACGUGUCUCAAAACACAACUGAGAAUGGAAAAAGUCCAACAAUGGCUGUGUACACUGACACCAAUUCUGGUUUCAACACAGUUGGAGUCACUGGAUCUUGGCGACCAGUUCCCUUCUUGGCAGAGACGUCUGUGACCAAGUCUUCCCAAAAGUGCAUUACACCUGAGGUGCCUUUGGAAGUGACCAAUUUAUCUGAAGAACCGCCAACCGUUACGCCAAAAGAUUCGGAGUGCGCUGCCAACCCUGACGAGAAAGAAACCGACGCAAAUCCAAUAACCAACGUAGAGACUUUGAUCGAGAGGAGCUCAACCUCACCAUCCAAGUCUCCCAGUCAAGACACGUCCUCAAGAUCCAAAGUAGCUGCACGAUCCAGAUCAAAGUCGUCCUCGAAAAAGAGAAAAUCCAAGUCUCGAUCGCCCUCGGCAAAGAAAUCGCACAAGUCCCGGACGAGGAGCAAACGUUCGAAGUCGAGGUCGCCCAAAAAGAGAAAGUCGAGAUCUCGUUCACAAGGUCGUAGGAGGAAAUCUCGAACUCCAGACAGAAGCAGGCGAUCUAAAUCAAGAAAGAGGUCUCGCUCGCAUUCGAGGAGGAGAUCCCGGUCCGGCUCACGCUGGAGAAGAGGAGGUUUCGGGAGCCGAUCGCUGAAUCAGCGGGACCGAUGGAAGCGAGAACCCAGUCGUUCCCCGGUCCUCAUUCUCCGCAAGAAAAGCUCGACUUCCAGACCUCGACGGAGCACCAGCAAGACGCCUCCACGUCUUACAGAACUUGAUAAGGAGCAGUUGCUGGAAAUAGCUAAGGCUAACGCUGCCGCUAUGUGUGCCAAGGCCGGCGUGCCGAUCCCAGACAGUCUCAGGCCCAGAGCUGUUCUCCAACUCCCCUUGUCAUCCUCAAACUCCACAUCCCUGUCCUUAACCGUGCCAGUAAUGUCAAACAUGACUAUGAAUGCUGCUAUGGCUAGCAUGACUGCCGCCACCAUGACCGCUGCUUUGUCUAGCAUGGGUGCCUUGGCUUCAUUCACACAAAUGGCCCCAUUACCCACAAUCGUCAACAAGCCACCGUCUUCAGCCACACCUAAUCUUGCCAGUAUUGAAGAAGCCAAAAAGAAAGUGACGAAGCAGGCGAACACCUUCAGCAUUAAGGAGCUCACUGAGAGAUGCAAGAAGAUCACCGAGAGUAAGGAAGAAAUGGCCAUCGCAAAACCACACGUGUCAGACGAUGAAGAGGAUGAGAAGUUUGGAGCUUCGCUGAAGGAGAAUAAGGGCAUUGCGUUCAGUCUCGGUGUAAGUCUCUCACUGUCUCGCAUCACUGUUACUUUUGAGUUCCCGGUGUCCUCCGGCUCCCAGCACAGGAAGAAAGAGGCUGAUGGUGCGUAUGGGGAAUGGGUGCCAGUCGAAAAGAAAACCGAAAAGCCUCCUGCGUCUGUUUCUGUUUCUGCGUCUGCGUCCGCGUCCGUUUCUGCUUCUUCUGAGACCAAGGAAACCAGCAAGGAGAAUGAUAGUGUCUUUCCUGAAGCACCUUCUCAACCCGUGGACAUCACGUUGGCCGUCAGUGAGAGAGCGGUCGCACAGAAGAGGCUGGCGGAGAACCCCUUCGACAUCAAUGCCAUGUGUAUGCUCAAUCGGGCUCAGGAGCAAGUUGAUGCAUGGGCCCAGUCCAACACGAUUCCCGGCCUCUUCACAGGUUCGACAGGCGCUCAAGUGCUCUCAUCUGACGAGCUCUCCAACAGCGGCCCACAAGCCUGGAUUAAGAAGGACCAGUUCCUGCGGGCGGCGCCGGUCUCGGGCGGGAUGGGCGAGUUACUGAUGAGGAAGAUGGGAUGGCGUUCGGGGGAGGGUUUGGGGAAGCACAGGGAAGGCACGGUGGAGCCCAUCAUUAUCGACUUCAAAACGGACCGCAAGGGGCUUGUGGCAGAAGGAGAGAAAACACAGAAGUCUGGCAACAUUGUGGUGAUGAAGGAUCUUCUAGGCAAGCAUCCGGUGUCUGCUCUGAUGGAGAUGUGCAAUAAGAAGAAGUGGCCCCAGCCUGAGUUUGUGAUGGUGCACCACAGCGGACCCGACCACCGCAAGAACUUCCUCUUCAAGGUGGUGGUGAACGGGAGUGAUUACCAGCCUCAGACUGCCAGUCCCAACAAGAAACACGCCAAGGCGAUGGCCGCCACAGUGGCUCUUCAGGCGAUGGGAGAAGUGGCGGGAGACGGGGUUCACACCGGACCCGUGUUCACAGCCGCCACUAACAUGUGACGCCACAUCGCUCAC